UCAGUGCACUUUAUUUCAUUGUUUUGUUGUUCUUUUGUUUUGCAAGAAUAAACUUGCCGAGAAAUAUAAGACGUAAUAAUGUUAAUUGAUGCGAAUUUGCUUAAAAGCAAAAUAGAAAAAAAAAUAUUACAUUAGAUGUUCUAGUAUAGUGCGUGUUUGAAAUAGUUUAUACCGUUGCACUUUACUUUUAUCAAUUUUUGUGGUUUUUUUUGCAAGAAUGAUCCUGUCGAAAUAAUGUGACGAUUUUGAAGCUUUGUUGCUUUUAUUUAAAAGAAAAAAAAAGAAAAUACAUAAUUAUUAGAUAAAAUAUUCAUUGUGUCGUGAGUGCUUGGAGUGUUUAGAUUACUCAAAAUUUAAUUAAACAAAUAAAAAACUAUCAGAGCUAUUUUAAAGGUACCAGUAUUUUUUUUAAAUUUAAAAAAGUUUUUAUUUUAUUUGCGUUCGUGUAGUACAUUAUCGUACUAAUAUAUAAUAAAAAAUGAAUAAUUGUUCUCGUGGUAAAUUGCUGGUCGAUUUAGUGAAAAAAUAUAAGGAAGCAGAAAAAGUGGAGCAAAAUUUAAAUGCAAUUUCGGAAGAAAAUCAUAAUAUUAUGCAAGAAGUAGCAGCCUGCACAUCAUCACAGAAUCCAAUAAUCACAGAAUCAUCCAGUCAAAAUUAUGCUGAUUUUGACGAAAUUUCAAACGAUUUUAGCAGUGACGAUACUAUCAGAGAUAAAACAUGGCAGCCUGAAGACGAUCAAGAAGUCAACUUCACUUUAAACGAAACGAAUUUCAGUGCAGAAGAAAACAUUGAUCCUAACAAAAAUAGAGAACACGAGAAUGUAAGUGUAAUAAGUAGAAAUAAUGAUGGUACUGAGGAAAAUAAUGAAAAUUGUGAGGGCGUUAAAAAAUCAAGGAAAAGAAAAUGGAAUGUGGAAAAUUGGAGCCAAAAUAUAAGAAAAAGCAACAAAAAUUCGGGGAAAAUCGUAUACAACAAUGAAAGGUAAAAUAAUACCUGAAAAAAAAAGUCAGAAUAGCAUGUCCAGGCUCUUGCAAAUUUAAGUGCAAUAUGUUGUUUGAUGAAACUAUGCGUCAAAAAAUUUUUGAUAAUUUUUGGGGAUUAAGUGAUUUAAGCCUGCAACGAAAUUUUAUUGCCAAAAAUGUUGACAAGGUUGUCACAAAAUACCGAUAUACAAGAGAAGGCUCCAAACCAAUUGGACUGAACCACGCCUAUAAUUUUUACAACUCUGAAGGUGAUCGAACUAGAGUCUGUAAAAAAUUUUUCAUGACGACAUUAGAUGUUGGUGAUAGAUUCAUAAGAACUGCCAUUUUGAAGAUCAAAGACAAUCUACAUUCAAUAGAUGAAGAUCGAAGAGGAAAACAUAAUAACCACCAAAAAAUACCGGAAGAUGUUUUAACUUCAAUCAAGGACCACAUUAAUUCGUUUCCACGCAUUGAAGCUCAUUAUAUAAGGAAGCAAACGGAAAGGGAAUAUAUUGAAGGAAGUCUAACUAUCGCUGAAAUGUACAGACUGUACAAAAAAAAGUGCGCUGAGAAUAAUAUUGAACCAGCUAAAUUAUGUACUUAUUCCAAGGUAUUUAAUGAGUGUUUCAAUAUAAGCUUCUUCUUACCAAAAAAAGACCAGUGCGCUUUUUGCGCUAAGUACAAUAAUUGCAGCAACGAAGAAAAAUGCCAAAUGGAAAACGAAUAUGAGGGACAUAGGAAGGAAAUAGCAAGAUCAAGAGAACAAAAAGAGAAGGAUAAAGAUAUUUCCGCAGCUGAUGCUGAAAAUUUUAUCACAGUGUGCUACGAUUUGCAAUCAGUAUUAAGUACACCAUCAUCUCACGUUUCGAAUUUUUAUUAUUCUCGCAAAUUUUCAUCUUAUAAUUUCACUAUGUUCAACAUGGCAAGCAAAAAAGGUUAUUGCUACUUAUGGCAUGAAGAUCAAGGCAGAAGAGGAGCUAAUGAGAUAGGAACUUGUAUAUUUAAAUUUUUAACUACUAAUUGCUCACAUAAAAAUGUAAUAUUUUAUUCGGACAAUUGUAUGGGUCAGCAGAAAAAUAAGUUUAUUGCUGCAAUGUAUAUUUUUGUUGUUAAAAAUUACAACAUUAAAUCAAUUGAGCACAAAUUUCUUAUUGUCGGACAUACUCAAAAUGAGGGAGACUCAAUGCACUCCGUGAUUGAAAAAAAUAUAAGCAGAACCGCUAAAGCUGGACCGAUUUAUUCACCAAUGGAGUGGCGUAUAAUAUUGCAAAAUUCGAAAAAAAAAAAACCCAACAUAUGAAGUUAAUGAACUAAACUAUAAAGAUUUCUUGGACUUAAAAAAGCUGACCGAGGAUUUGGGAAAAAACUUUAACAUAAAUUCAAGAAAAGAAAAAGUCAAAUGGAGCGACAUAAAAAUUUUAAAAAUUCAAAACGAAAAUCCUAAUAUUUUGUAUUACAAAACAAAUUAUGAUUCUGAUUUUUCAGAAAUACAUAUUGUUGAACAGAAAACAAGAAAAUCAACUUCAAAUAUUCCAACAGAAAUGAGCAACGUGUUCUCGGAACCAGUGGGAAUAUCUGCCCAAAAAAAAAAAGACCUGACUGAUUUGUGCGAUAAAUUAUUAAUUCCUGAAAAUCACCACUAUUUUUAUAAAAAUUUAAAAAUAUCAACACAAAGUGUUGAAGAACACAAAUAAGUUAUUUUAAAAAUAAGUAACUAUUAAAGAUUUUGUUAAGUUUGAGCACCAUUUUAGUUUGUUUUUCAUAUUUUUUUUUAUUUAUGAAUGUAUAAGUUGCCAUACAAAACAAAAAAUAAAAUAUUAAAAUACUUUAAAAAUAUUAAAAAUGAAAGUUCAAAAAAUGUCAAUAUAAUUAGUAUUUUACGGUAGAAUGCCAGUUAUGUUUAAAUUAAAAUUUUUUCAAAAAAAUUUGAAUAGAAUUUGA